AUGGCCCUCGCUAUGGACGGAGGCACUAGUUCAGGGACUCAAACCUACGCAAACAGUGAAAAGUCGGAUCUUGAACAGAAAGACAAACUUGGGGAGAAUCGAGCGGAGAUCGACGAGCAACUGACGAACCUAGCGCGCAAAUUGAGCACAAAGUCUGAGAAGAAUCAUUGUCGUUCCCCGUUUGAAGCGAGUGAAGGUGGAUUUCUGGAUCCAAACAGCCCCGAAUUCCGUGCUAGAGACUGGGCGAAAGCUUUCUACAACGCUAGGUAUAAUGCCGACGAAAACUGUCCGCCACGAGUUGCCGGUGUUGCGUUCAAAGAUUUGAACGUUUCCGGGUACGGUAGUCCUGUGGACUACCAAAUGAGUGUGGGAAAUGCCCUGCUGAAGUUGCCGACCCAGAUAUAUCAGUUCCUUAGCGGCAAAAAAACGAAAAUUAACAUCCUGCAAGGCCUUGAUGGGCUAGUUCUUCCUGGUGAACAGCUUUGUGUUCUGGGCCCUCCUGGAUCGGGCUGUUCAACCUUUCUCAAAACUAUAGCUGGUGAAACCCAUGGAUUUCAGGUAGACCCAGCAGCCUAUAUCAACUACCAAGGCAUAACUCCCAGGCAAAUGUCAACGCAAUUCCGGGGCGAGGCUAUAUACACCGCUGAAGUUGAUGCACAUUACCCACAGCUCUCAGUCGGCGAUACGCUGUAUUUUGCGUCCCUUGCCCGUGCACCUCGUCACCUUCCGGGUGGCAUCAGUUCCCAGGAGUACGCCACUCAUCUACGAGAUGUCAUCAUGGCCAUGUUUGGGAUCAGUCAUACUAUCAAUACCCGGGUCGGUAACGACUUCGUUCGUGGUGUCAGCGGAGGUGAGAGAAAGCGGGUUACGAUCGCGGAGGCUGCGUUAAGUUAUUCCCCAUUACAGUGCUGGGAUAACAGCACUAGAGGAUUGGAUAGUGCAAACGCGGUGGAGUUUUGCAGGACCUUACGGACACAAAGCGAUGUUUUUGGAAUGACCUCGUGUGUUGCAAUAUACCAGGCUCCCCAAUCGGCGUACAAUCUUUUUGACAAAGUCAUUGUUUUGUAUGAAGGACACCAGAUAUACUUCGGUGCUGCUCAUGAUGCUAAAGGUUACUUUGAACGACUCGGCUUUCUAUGCCCUGAGUCUCAGACAACUGCCGACUUCCUCACAUCGAUGUCCAGUCCAACCGAACGCAUCGUCAGACCGGGGUUUGAGAGCCUGGCACCUAGAACAUCCGAGGAGUUUGCAAAGCGCUGGAAAGAGAGCCCUGAACGCCAAUCCUUGUUGCGCCAAAUUGAUCAGUACGCUAAUGAACAUCCCUUCGAUGGAGCCGAUCUUGAUCGGUUUGCCCAAUCCCGGAAGACAGAAAAGUCAAAGAACCAACGACUGAAAUCACCAUAUACUCUGUCAUACUGGGGCCAAAUUCGACUUUGUAUGUGGAGGGAAUUUCAACGUCUGAAGAACGAUCCAAGUGUGACCAUCGUCAUGCUUAUUAACAAUUUCUUUGAGGCGCUGAUAAUUUCGAGUAUAUUUUACAAUCUCUCAGGGAACACUUCAUCGUUCUUCUCCCGCGGGGCUAUUCUAUUUAUGAUGGUUCUCUUGAAUGCCUUUUCAAGCAUGCUCGAAAUCUUGAGCUUGUAUGCGAAACGAACGAUCGUGGAAAAGCAUAACCGAUAUGCCCUCUACCACCCUAGCGCCGAGGCCAUAUCGUCAAUGAUCAUGGACAUGCCAUACAAACUGGUGAACUCGAUAUUGAUGAACAUAACAUUGUAUUUCAUGGCAAAUCUCCGCCGUGAACCCGGGCCGUUUUUCUUCAACUAUCUAAUUUCUUUCAUGAUGGCCAUGAGCAUGUCGAUGUUUUUCCGCCUCUUUGCCUCACUUACCAAAACCAUCCAGCAGGCGUUGGCUCCGUCAUCAAUCAUCCUUAUGGCUCUAGUCCUAUAUACUGGGUUUGCCAUUCCAGUUAGCUAUAUGCGCGGAUGGGCUUCGUGGAUUCGGCACUUGAAUCCAGUCGCAUAUGGUUUCGAGGCUAUAAUGGUCAAUGAAUUUCACGGGAGGACUUUCCCCUGUGCGUCAUUCGUCCCUUCUGGGGUCGGAUACGAGAACAUCUCCAACGACGAGCGUAUCUGCUCGGUCGUAGGAUCUGUUCCAGGCUCAGAUCUCGUUGACGGCACAACUUUCGUUAGAUCCACAUACGGAUAUGAAAACAGUCAUCGCUGGAGAAAUUUUGGUAUUAUUCUCGCACUCACUAUCUUUCUCGCACUGUGCCAAAUUAUAGCAACAGAGCUAGUUGCCUCUGAGCGGUCAAAGGGAGAAGUUCUUGUGUUUCGCCGCGGCAGCUCACAAAAAGCCAGGACCAAACAAUGCCAACACGAUGAGGAGCGGACACAAGCCCCUGUCAUCCAAAACGAGAAGCAUAGCGAAGGAAUUGACUCGACGAUAGGUGUGGAGAAACAGGCUUCUAUCUUUCACUGGGAAAAUGUAUGCUAUGAUGUUAAGAUCAAGAGUGAAACCCGGCGGAUUCUAGAUCAUGUUGAUGGCUGGAUCAAGCCUGGCACUUUGACUGCCUUAAUGGGCACUUCCGGUGCUGGAAAGACUACUCUACUCGAUGUGCUGGCUAACCGCACCACAGUUGGGGUUGUCGGUGGUGAUAUGCUCGUCGAUGGCCGACCACGGGACAGCUCCUUUCAACGGAAAACAGGUUAUGUACAACAACAAGAUCUUCAUCUUCACACCUCCACUGUGCGUGAAGCUCUAGAGUUUAGUGCCUUGCUCAGACAACCGCCUCAGUAUACCCGGGAAGAAAAGCUGGACUAUGUUGAGAAAGUUCUUGACCUUCUUAAUAUGAGAGACUACGCUGACGCUAUAGUUGGGAUACCUGGAGAGGGUCUUAACGUGGAGCAGAGAAAGCGCCUUACGAUUGGCGUUGAGCUGGCCGCACGCCCGAAGCUGCUUCUUUUCUUGGACGAGCCUACCUCUGGCCUGGAUAGCCAGACGUCAUGGUCAAUUUGCAAUCUGAUGGAGACUCUGACCAAGAACGGACAAGCUAUUCUCUGUACCAUUCACCAGCCGUCUGCUAUGUUGUUCCAACGCUUUGAUAGACUGCUUCUUCUAGCAAAGGGAGGCAAAACCGUCUACUUUGGUGAGAUCGGACGCGAAUCUAGAAUACUGAUGGACUAUUUCACUCGUAAUGGUGGCCCUGUUUUGCCACCUGGCAGCAAUCCAGCAGAGCACAUGCUUGAGGUGAUUGGCGCCGCACCUGGAGCUAAAAGCGAGAUUGACUGGCCUGCGGUUUGGCGAAACAGCCCUGAAUAUCAGAAUGUGCUCCAUGAGCUCUCAAACUUGAGAGCUUUGGCCAAUCAAUCAUCGCCCGUUGCAGACACGAACGACAAAUCCAGCUAUGCGGAAUUCGCGGCUCCGUUCGCGACACAGUUUGUGCAAGUUGGGCUAAGAGUGUUCCAACAAUACUGGCGUACACCAGCGUAUAUCUAUUCCAAAGUUUUGCUGACGAUUGGUUGUUCACUCUUCAUCGGGUUCUCUUUCUUCAAAGCCGACAAUACAGCCCAGGGCCUACAAAAUCAAAUGUUUGGUGUUUUUGUCUUCCUCUUCGUCGUCAUCCAGUUGAUUAUCCAGAUCAUCCCGUCGUUCGUAACGCAACGAACGCUUUACGAAGCACGGGAGCGACAAUCCAAGACUUACUCGUGGCAAGCAUUCGUUCUCACAAACAUACUAGUCGAGCUUGCAUGGAACUCGAUCAUGGCAAUAUUCUGUUUCCUUGUUUGGUUUUACCCUGUGGGUCUUUUCCACAACGCUGAGUACACCGACACGCUGCACUAUCGAAGCACCCUCGUCUUCCUCUUCAUCUGGGCGACCUUUCUCUUCGCCAGCUCGUUGGCGCACAUGUUAAUCGCAGGCAUCGAGAGUGAAGAGAUCGCCUCGAGUCUCUCCAACAUAUUAGCUAUCAUGAUGUACGCGUUUUGCGGAAUUCUUGCAGGCCCGCACGCUCUUCCUGGUUUCUGGAUUUUCAUGUACAGAGUCAACCCCUUCACGUACCUAGUAUCGGGAUUGCUAUCAACCAGUCUCGGCGAAGCGCCAAUGCACUGCGCUGAAAAGGAGUUUUUGUCCUUUUCUACUCCCGCAAACCUAACCUGUGGUGAGUAUAUGCAGGAUUAUAUUGCCACGAAUGGGGGCUACUUGCUCAAUUCAGCAGCCCAAGGGGGCGAAGAUUGUCACUUUUGCGCAACAGGAAACACUACCCAGUUUCUGCAAAAUGUCAAUAUCGACUUCUCGACGCGAUGGAGGGACUUCGGGUUGAUGUGGGUGUACGUGGUGUUUAAUAUAUUUGCCGCCAUAUCCCUGUACUGGCUCUGUCGAGUACCCAAGGGUAAGAAGCGCAAAUGA